GCGGGCUGCGCUGAAGUCGGGAGAAGUUUGCGCGCAGCUUCAGAGCCCGGCGCGUGCUGCAGGCGCCCGCAAGGAAAGUCAGCCCCUCGCUCGCUGGCUUGCGGACCUCCGUGGGGAGCAGAGAAGCGCGCAGCAGUGCCUCGCCUCGCCCUGGCGCUGCCGCCGCCUGCCCAGGAGAUGGGCGCCCGUGCCUGACUUGCUACCACCACCUGAGAACGCCCUUCGCGUCCCCUGGGUUGUGCCCCGCCGCGCACUGAGAGAAUUCCAGGAACCCAACACUUUGAUUAAGGAGAAGACUGAGGCAGAGAUGGCGCAUCUCCCUCCCAGCAGGAUGAAGAGAGAUCUUCAGAAACCAAAAAUGAAGUUCACUCUUACGUGGCGGUGCUUUGCGCUGUUCCUCCUUCUACAUCAACCAACACCAGUUAACCCUGCCUCUUCAAAUGACACCCAUCCAACAGUUGAACCUGAGCCAUUUCUGUACGUCAUAGGACGCAAGAAGCUGAUGGAUGCACAGUACAAAUGCUAUGACCGAAUGGAACAGCUACCUCCAUACCAAGGAGAAGGUCCCUACUGCAACCGGACCUGGGAUGGAUGGAUGUGCUGGGACGACACUCCAGCUGGAGUCCUGAGCUUCCAGUACUGCCCAGAUUAUUUUCCAGACUUCGAUCCAACAGAAAAGGUUACAAAAUAUUGUGAUGAAACAGGAGUUUGGUUUAAACACCCUGGGAACAACCAAACCUGGUCCAACUAUACUAUGUGUAAUGCGUUCACUCCUGAGAAACUACAGAAUGCGUACGUGCUAUACUAUCUGGCUAUUGUGGGUCAUUCUCUGUCGAUUUUCACCUUGGUGAUUUCCCUGGGGAUUUUUAUGUGUUUCAGGAGUCUUGGUUGCCAGCGGGUGACCCUGCAUAAGAACAUGUUUCUGACUUACAUUCUGAACUCUAUGAUUAUCAUCAUCCACCUGGUUGAAGUUGUGCCCAACGGCGAGCUGGUGAGAAGGGAUCCGGUGAGCUGCAAGGUUCUGCAUUUUUUCCACCAGUACAUGAUGUCCUGCAACUAUUUCUGGAUGCUCUGCGAAGGGAUCUACCUGCACACGCUGAUCGUGGUGGCCGUGUUUGCCAAGCAGCAGCACCUGCGCUGGUACUACCUCCUGGGCUGGGGGUUCCCACUGGUGCCAACCACUAUCCACGCUAUUACUCGAGCAAUCUACUUCAAUGACAACUGCUGGAUGAGCGUGGAGACCCAUCUGCUUUACAUCAUCCAUGGCCCAGUGAUGGCAGCUCUGGUGGUCAAUUUCUUCUUUUUGCUCAACAUCGUCCGGGUGCUAGUGACCAAGAUGAGGGAAACCCACGAAGCAGAGUCACACAUGUACCUGAAGGCUGUGAAGGCCACCAUGAUCCUGGUGCCCCUGCUGGGAAUCCAGUUUGUCGUCUUCCCCUGGAGGCCCUCCAACAAGAUUCUUGGGAAGAUCUACGAUUACCUCAUGCACUCUCUGAUUCACUUCCAGGGAUUCUUUGUGGCGACUAUCUACUGUUUCUGCAACAAUGAGGUCCAGACCACCGUGAAGCGCCAAUGGGUACAGUUUAAAAUCCAAUGGAACCAGCGCUGGGGAAGACGCCCCGCCCACCGUUCCGUUUCCCGCACUGCAGCCUCGGCUGAGGAAGGCGGCAUCCCCGUUUAUAUCUACCACCAGGAGCCCAGGAAUGACCCGGCCCACAGCCUAGGCGAGGAGGGUGCCGAGAUCAUCCCCUUGAACAUCAUCGAGCAAGAGUCAUCUGCUUGACUGUGAAGCCAACACAGCAUCGUGCUCACUGAGCCUUCAUCACCUGGGGGAAAGAUAGACCAUGCAUUUAAAGUGACCCCCCUCCUCCAGGAGCUGAGCAUAUCAUUUGUGAAGAAUUAGUAAGUGAAUUUGUCCAUAGUGAAUCUGGAGAGAGUUAUCCUUGGUACUAUUGCUCUGGGAGACAGUCUAGGAAUGGAGUCUCCCACUGCAACUUGUGAACUCCAUCAUUCACCCAAGACUGAAAUGCAGAUGACAUAGUAGUACAAGCAAGGUAUCCAAGAAAAACACAAAUUGACCUAGUGCAGAUACAGGGUGCUCCUUGUUAAUCUUGAGCCAUUUAUACCUUUGAAAAAUUAAAAUCACUGUCAAUAUUUUUUCUUUUUAACUCUAGAUUUUGAAUCAGACUUUCUGUAUUUGGCUAUGGAUCUGAUUUUUAAUCUUUUUAUUUCGAUCAAUUCUGAUGUAUUGAAAUGUUCUACCAUCCAUACAGUGUAAACCGCACAAAUUACACGACCUCUGUGGACACAGUGGCUUUUUAACAUCAAGAUGACUAAGCACGCGGGGGAAGAGGGGAAGAGACCUGCAUCUGGCAGGAAGACCUAAUGCUUUGAAAGACAAAUUUAGAUUCAAUUUGCUGGUAAUAGUACGUGUUCAGCUUGGCUUUGGAUAAGCCUGUCCAUUGGGCAGGCCCAGAGUGCUGUAAGGAAUUGGUCUAAUGUUGACUGUGCUUUGUUUGCUGACAUUAUAAACGGAGGUCACAAAGAAUCCAUCACAAAAUUUUUCAGAAAACUGCCAAAAUCAUAAUUCUUCAUGGAACAAAAUGCUCUUAAAAGAGUUUUCCACUUUCCUAAACUCCAGGAUUUAUAAAGCAAAUCACUCCAAGGUUUAUAAAGCAGAUUACCUCUUGCCCUUGGGUGCUAUCUAGCAGUAAAAGACAAAUUUGUUUAAGACUGGUAAUUACAAGACUCCAUAUAAGUCCAUUAACUGCCUUCCACCCUGCUUCAAAGCUUAACAAGAUCUGGCGUUCCCAGGAAGAUUCAGUAGUGCUAAUUGGAAAUCAGUUUGUGGUUGACCUCUUGUUUGCUGCUAUUAGCAAAACAGGAGGGGAAAAAUGUAACUCCUACAAGUUUAACCAUAUUAAUUCAUGUUCAAAGUAAAAUUUCUCAUUAAAACCCAGUAGUUUAUUUCCACAUCUCUUUAGUUCUCAGCAUAAGAUCUUUGAAAAUCCCUGAAUAACCUGGAAUCAUCACUGGCAUCUGAAAUUAAUUUGUGAAUUUGCAACAGUAAUAGUUCUCAUUUAAUUUGGAUGCUAAAUAAGUUGAAACUUUCCAAAUCUCCAGUCUCAUCUAUAUCAUUUAUGCCACUGCCUUUCAGAAGCAAUUAAGUUGUGGAAAAACAAUCAAUUGAUUUGCUCUGGUUACACAUUUAGUGCACUCAGAGAAAAAUUCUAUUUCUCCAGUGAAAAUGUAUUUUGGAUACUAAAGUAGUUUAAGUCUCCUUUACUGCAUGUAAGGGAGGAAUUGAAAAGAAGGUAUUUUUUCAAUCACAGUGUUAUGUAUUAACAUUCCUAUUUUUGUUUACAGACAUGAAAAACAGUAUUUCAGGCAGCUCUAGUACAAAUGUGAUAAUAUAUUGCUAAAAUAUUUUAGGUGUUAUUGUGCUAAUAUAGUAGGGGCUGAAGAAAACAAAAUAGCUUAAAAUAGAAUUGCACAUAGUGCCAAAAUGAUGUGAAAUGCUUAUGUUAUAUAUAUAUGUGUAUGUGUGUAUAAAUUAAUAGAGUAUGUGAAAAGCAAAAAGAUGUAUAUUUGCAUUAUUUUUCUACAGAAAUAUAUUGUUCAUCUCUUCAUUCAUU